AGUUCUCUUCGAAGUGGCGUUCAUGACGCAAGCUUUUUCCUUUCUAGAAAUUGAAAAGAGAUUUUUUAUUUGGUGAAAUCAAGUGCGUCGUAAUUUAUCAUAAAAAGUUUAUUGGGAAGAUUGUGAAGCGAGUUUGUUGAAGCACAAAAGUGCAAUGAAUUCCCUAAUCUACAGUAACAGUCAUAGUGCCAAGUCGGACGACGCUAACGGCAACUUAAUGGGAACAAUCGUACCAACGACCACCAACGAUGAGGACAGCUUAAGCUUAAGUGACUACACCGACAACGAAAAAUCUGCCCCCACAGAAUUACUUGCUGAAUUUUUGACAUCCAUCAUGAAGAAAGAUUACGGAAGCGCUUUGAAAUAUUGCAAAAAGAUUUUAGAUUACGAGCCGAACAAUAAAACAGCGAAAGACUUUUAUCCUCAACUUCUUGCUAAAGUUAACGAACAAAAUUCAACAUCAAGUGAUGGGAGCGAUGCGAAUUGUAAUUAUUCAUCAUCAUUAGAAUUUGUUGGUACCGAAGUGUUGGACAAUGACGACGACGACAACGUUUCAGUUUCAUCUUCCAUCUCAUCAAGUAUUUCAUCAAACGACGAUGAUUCAGAUUUAGUUUCGAUUUCUGAAGAAAUGAAUCAAUGCGAUCGCGACGAUUUGAUUAAUUCCUUAUCGCACAGCAGCAGUCGAAGUAGCAACUUAUCAAAGUCUGAACAGUUACCCGAAUCAAUGUCAAGCACAGAAUCGAAUAAAGAGAACACAAGUAAUUCAUUCUCGUUCACAAGUCUCUUACUUGAUGACUCCGAAGACAUCAAUAACAAUGAACCACCAGCCGAACCAGUCAAGAUCACAAAUCAAACUCCUUCAUCGCCAUUCACAUCCAAAAUUAUGCAAAUGUUCAAAGGAAAAUGGGACGCAGCUAAUCCAUCAAAAGAAAAUUAAAUUUAGUUUCAUAUUUAUGAGAAAUUAUCAGACAAGAGUCAGGAAAUGUAAAGAAAAACAGAAAGAAAGGCUUUCAUUAUAUUUUAUAGAUAAAAUCAUAAAUGUGACCUCAUUUCUAUACAACCCCCAUCGAUUUUGAUCAAAUAGAAAAUCUGCAAUAUUCUCAAUUCAUUUCCAUCAUUUCCAUGAGCUGAUAACAGAAGAAAACUUUUUUAUGAGUAGAUAAAAAUGCUUCGCCACCCACCAAACGACCCAGAUUUUAGCCACGUUUCUAAUACUUAUGAUGAGAUGACUUUUAGAUGAGACUUGCCGACUCUCAUUAAAAAUUUACGUCGUUUCAUAGCAAAUAUUUAAUUCCUUUUUAUCAUUCUGUUGACAUUGGAAGCUCAGCCUUCAGUUCUUUUUUUGAUUGUAGAUAAGCACAAAUGUAGGGUGAAAUGAUAUACGACAGCAAAGUGGCCUAUCAAUGGAAGAAUGUUACGAUAAAGUAAAAAGAAAAGACUAAAAUGAUUUAAAUAAAAAUUAUUUAUUUUCCUCUUGAUAAAAUGUGUUUAGUAAAGUAACACGAGUAAGGACUUAAAUGUCUAUGAAACUGAUAAAAAAAUUGUUUUUUUCUUUCUCUUUCUUAACUAAGAUUGUGCGAUUUUAUAUCACAUGACAAUAGUUGAAUAUUGGAGUCGGAAGAUGAAGACGGCCAUUAAAAUUUAAUUGUUGAAUUCAUUAAACGUUAGUGAUUUUCAUAAAAUUUUCUUAUUGUUCCGUUCCACAAAUGCUUGCAGCAAAUUGAUUGCAUGAAUUUUAUCUUAUGAUAAAGUUGUUAAAAUUUUACAAGAACCACUUCGUUUAAACAUCUACUUAAUUUUACGAUAUAAAAUGUCACGUUUUGUUAAAAUCGCUCAACCUUUUACUCAUGAACAAUGCGCUUAAUAUUUAGAGAACAUCAUUCAAUAAUUUAUUUUCCAUUCAAAGGAAGAUCAGCGAAAAACAUGAGCAAAACUCCUUUCUAACUUAGAGUUAAUAAAUCUUGCCAAAUUAUGAUUAUUUACUCUUAUUUCUUGGGGUUUUUAUUUGCUGUUUUUUCUUAUUGAUUUUAUGGCACAGAAAGAGAAUGAAAUUGAAGUAAAAAAAGUUUUGUUGAGCUUUCGAAAUUUUCUUUUCCGGAUUAUGAAACUAAAAAUUGCAACAAUUUUAUUUUUAUUUCAGCCUUUCAAAGUAAUGUUCGUCAAUUCGACUUUCAUUCUAAUAAAAAUGCUUUCGCUACAAAAAGUGUCAAAUGUUCGUCUGCGUUGCAAAAAGAACUUUAUUUAGCACCUUUUUUGACAAUCAUCAAAUUUCUUAUCAAGUUUCGUUUUCCUUUACGUUUUUUCAUUGAAAAAUAUGUUUCCAUUCACUUUUACAUUUAAAUAUGUAAUAGAUAUUUUAACCAGUCCUACUAUCCUGCAUUGUAUUGCGCAAUUAACAUUUGAUUCCAACUUUCUUAAAUUACAGCGAUCUCUUUUCAUACUUAUUAACUUUUAAAAUCGUUCUCGUACUUGUUAGGCUAGUCUCAACUAAAUUUUACAUUUCCGAUAUCUAUUUUGUUAAAGUUUUCAUUUAAAGGAAAUUAAAAAAGUUAAUUAAACGAAGAAACAUUGUUGAAAGUUGCUAUUCUCUUUAUCUUGAUACAAUUAAUUUGGCACACAACAAAAGUUCUUCGUCUUGAAGACAUUUUCAUUCUUAAUUAUCCAGAAAACAUUUUUUAUGUUUGUUUAAAAAUUUCUCUCACUGGUUCAUUUAAUUAAAAAACCGAUAAAAGAAAAUCAUAGAAAUGCAAUUAAAUAUUUUCCUUUUUUCUAUUUCAUUUCUCCGAGUGAAAAAAUAGUCGGAAGUGAUAACUCGAGUGAUUAUUAAUCAUAACACUAAAGUCUUAUUUAAGUUUCCAUUUCUCAGAUAUUUAUGAACGUUUUUUGUAUUUUUCUUUCACAUAG